AUGGUUUUCAUCAUGUUCUCUGUCACACAAGCUCAGAGCUUGAACUGUUCUGAACCCACCAAUCUAGCCCUGCUGGAAGCACUGACACCAGUCUUUGAUUUACGCUUCAUACGACCUGUCAAUAACUUUAAUAAUUACACAGAAGUCUAUGUAUCCUUUACCAUGUAUGGCAUUCUGGGAGUGGAUGAAAAAGCUCAACUCUUGACCACUUAUAUUUGGCAACACAUUGGAUGGAAGAAUGAGUUCAUCAGCUGGGAUCCAGAGCAGUGUGGCACCGACCACAUUACGCUACCUAGACGCCAGUUUUGGAUACCAGAUAUGGUCAUGAAUGAAUUAGUAUCUAAAAACACAGCCCCAUUUGUGCCUUAUGUACAUGUCUAUUCUGAUGGCAUGAUCUACGACUUCAGCCCAGUCAGAGUGGUUAGCACCUGCAGACUGAACAUCUACACCUUCCCCUUCGACGUCCAGAAUUGCACUUUCACCUUUGUCUCCUACAGCCACACAAGUAAGCAUGGUUACGAAAAAUCCAAUUUUAAUUUUUGGCCUAAAAAAAUCUUAAAUACGAUUGUGACGGGUCUUAAAAUUUUGUAUAACAUCCUGUGCUCUCUUCUUCUUCUCAAUGCUCUCCUCAACCCGUCAGCCGAGGACAUCAUGGUUGAACUCAACAGACCGAUAGAAGAGAUUAUUAAGGAAACAGUGGCUGUGAUGACUACUAUUGGUCUGAGGCGUAAGUCCACUCUCUAUGUGGUCAACCUGCUCAUCCCCAGCUGCUCCUUGAUCACAGUGGACCUCUUCAGCUUCCUGCUACCCCCACAGAGUGUGGACCGCUCGGCCUUUAAGAUGACCCUCAUCUUAGGCUACACCGUCUUCCUCUUGCUGAUGAAUGACUUGCUGCCGGUCACUGGCAACACCAUACCACUCAUAAAUGUUUUCUUCGCCCUCUGCCUGGCUCUGAUGGUGGCCAGCCUGUUGGAGACAAUCCUCAUCACCCACCUCUACUCAAGCUCCAGUCGCUUUGCUCCUGUCCCCCGCUGGGUGAGAGUAGUGGUCCUUCAAAAACUGGGAUGUUGUGUUGGUCUGCCUCCAAAGCCAACAAAAGACCAUUCAACAGAUAUGUCUCCCAAUGCUGUAAGGGAGGAGAUCAAAGCUGGUAAGACUCCUCCAAUGCCCCUGGAACUGGAAGACACAACCCCAGGCGAGUUGAGGAAGUUGGGGAGAGACCUCCGGGCGAUCCGGCUGCAGGUGGAACAGCAGCUGAGUGGGGACCAGAAGUCUGAAGAGUGGAUCCAGGUGGCUUCCAUCAUUGAUCGCUUCCUGUUUGGGCUCUACACGCUCUUCAUAUCAGUCAGUUCUAUAACUAUGAUCUGGAUCUGGGUUGAAUCAGACCGACGAUAG